GGAUAAUGAGGCUAGCCAUCUGGGCUCUGCUGGGCGUGGGGGCCCUGGGGCUGUGUCUGGCUGUCCCCGAGAAGACUGUGAGGUGGUGCACUGUGUCAGAUCAUGAGGCCACCAAAUGCUCCAGUUUCCAAGAGGCCAUGGGAAAAGUCCUCCCCGCAGACGGCCCCCUUGUCACCUGCGUGAAGAGAAGCUCUCACCUGGAUUGCAUCCACGCCACCGCGGAAAAGAAAGCUGACGCUGUGACUGUCGAGGGAGGUUUGGUGUUUGAGGCCAGCCUGCCCCCCUAUAACCUGAAGCCCGUGGCGGCCGAAGUCUAUGGAUCCAAAGACGACCCACAAACCCGCCAUUACAUCGUGGCCGUGGCGAAGAAAGGCACUGGCUUCCAGCUGAGCCAGCUCCGUGGCAGGAAGUCCUGCCACCCGGGCCUGGGCUGGGCCACCGGCUGGCACGUCCCCCUAAGCGCACUGCUGCCCUCUGGGUCUCUGGGCACAGAGGCCGCCAGGUUCUUCGGCAGCAGCUGCGUCCCGUGUGCCGGCAGCAGCUUCCCCAGCCUGUGCCGCCUGUGCGCGGGCCAGGGUCCGGACAGGUGCGCCUGCUCCUCCCAGGAGCCCUACUUUGGCUACUCGGGCGCCUUCAGGUGUCUGCAGGAUGGUGUGGGGGACGUGAGCUUCGUGAGGCACAUGACAGUGUUUGAGGUCCUGCCCGAGGAGGCUGACAGGGCCCAGUACGAGCUGCUGUGCCCGGAUAACACGCGGAAGCCGGUGGACCAAUACGAGCAGUGCCACCUGGCCAAGGUCCCCUCCCACGCCGUCGUGGCCCGCAGCAUGGACGGCAAGGAAGACGUGAUCUGGGAGGUCCUCAACAAGGCCCAGGAACAUUUCGGAAAAGGCAAGAGGUCAGAAUUUCAACUCUUUGGUUCCCCGCAUGGGAGAGAUCUGCUGUUCACGGAUGCUGCCUGGGGUUUUUUACGGGUCCCCCCUAAAAUGGAUGCUAAGCUGUACCUGGGAUAUGAAUAUCUUUCUGGCACCCGGCACCUGGAGACAGGCGUGCAGGGGAUUCAGAGGGUGCGGUGGUGUGCGGUGGGCCCCCAGGAGAAGGCCAGGUGCGAGGAGUGGAGCGCGGUGAGCGGCGGGGCUGUGGCGUGCACCGUGGAGGAGACGCCGGAGGACUGCCUCGCCGCCAUUGUGAUAGGAGACGGGGACGCCAUGACCGUGGAUGGAGGACACGCUUACCUCGCAGGCCAGUGUGGGCUGGUGCCUGUCCUGGCAGAGAAUUACGAGCCUAAACCUGGGAGUGAGCGCCUGGGGUCUAAGUGUGUGAACGCGCCCUUGGAAGGCUACUACGUCGUGGCUGUGGUUAAGAAAUCCGAUGUUGGCAUCACCUGGAAUUCCCUGCGAGGCAAGAAGUCCUGCCACGUGGCGGUUGGCAGCUCCGCGGGCUGGCACGUGCCCAUGGGUUUAAUAUACAAUCAGACCGGGUCCUGCAAGUUCGACGAGUUCUUCAGUCGCGGCUGUGCCCCCGGAUCUAAUCCUGACUCCCCUCUCUGUGCUCUGUGUGGCGGGAGUGACAAUCCAGCCCACACAUGCGCCCCCAACAGCAACGAGAGAUACUUCGGCUCCACAGGGGCGCUCAGGUGUCUGGUUGAGAAAGGAGAUGUGGCUUUUGUGAAGCACUCUACAGUCCUAGAGAACACCAACGGAAAGAACCCUGAGGCCUGGGCUAAGGACCUGAAGCAGGCAGAUUUUGAGCUGCUGUGCCUCGAUGGUACCAGAAAGCCUGUGUCGGAAGCUCAGAGCUGCCACCUGGCCACAGUGCCGAACCAUGCCGUGGUGUCGAGGAAAGAUAAGGCCGAUUUUGUUCGCAGGAUACUCUUCAACCAGCAGGAGCUCUUUGGAAGAAAUGGAUUUGAAUACAGGAUGUUCCAGCUGUUUGACUCCUCCAGCAAGGAUCUGCUGUUCAGCCAUGACACAGAAUGUCUGGCUAACCUUCAGAACAAAACCACUUAUGACAAGUACAUAGGGCCGGAUUAUCUCACGGUGAUGGCCAACUUCAAGCAGUGCCUAACCUCUGGACUCCUGGACGCCUGCUCAUUCCACAGAAAUUGAAAAGACAUGAAAAAGGGACCGAUGGCGGCGCCAACUGUUGUUUAUCUCCGUGUGGAUUUGUGUCAACCUCGGUCAUCUUUACCAUUUUGAUCAGUUCUUGGUGCGGAAAUUAAAAUGAAUCAAAACCAUGCGUCCUGGCUGGCUCAAAAGAUGAGCAGAAUAACCUGGCUUAGGUAGCCAGAAAUGAGCGCGGAAAGAGUGUAUCAAUCAUCAGACCCUCGUGCAAAUAAAGAUUAUGUUUGCACCAAUCAUGGUACACAGCCAUGCCAAUGAAAGAU